ACUUUCAUGGACGCUGAAGCUGAAGUAGCGGAUGCACUUGAAUAUGCAUCCAUCUCUGGAGUCUGCCACGCAGAGCCAGCACACAUCGACCCGCACAACUUCAUCUUGCUGCCACGAGACGCUACAAUAGUAGCAGUGAUUCGAGUGUGAGCGUGGCAACAGGAAAAACGAUGAAGCAGUGCAUCGCCAAGAUAUGCGUCUCCGAGGGUCAUGCGGACUCAGUUCAUGGUGAAGCCGGCACAAAUUGUAAAGCUGUCUUGGUAAACCACCAUAGCCUCCUGUACGCUGGCAUGAGGAUAGUGGCUGCAAUCGCCCUUACGAUCGCGUUUUCGCCGAGCAGCUUCCACAUGAAGAAGAACUAUGCUCUCGUCGCCAAACUCAUCGACGCACCAGAAGAUCCCGAUAUCGGCCGCGACUUAGGAGAGGCACGCCGCAUCAUUGGCAACCUUGCUGCCGCUGCAAAGAUCGAGGAUUUCGUCAAGAGUGUGCCACGCAUGUAUCGAAGGGAUCGCCGUUUCGACAAAGACAAAAUUGCGACAGUUGCACGUCGUAUACGAUCCCAAGCACUGAAGCAUUUUAGUCACAUACCUCGCGGCUUCCAUAUUCAUGCUGACUACAUUGUUGCAGCUUCCGUUCAACAGGCGAUGGCGCAGUACAAGAUGCAAAUCUCGAUGCAAGAGAUUUGUAACGUCAUGCGCCUGAUAUACGAUGGCAGGGACGCUAAUGAGGCAGCCCAUUGGGAUGAUGCUCGUGAUUUACAUGCUUCCACGAAGGUUGAACUAGUUGUUGCUAGUGGUACGAGCAAGGCUGACUGGGCAGAGAACAAGAUUCGGUGCUUCGCUGCUGCGACGGACUGGAGGAAACUCGUUGGUGCUGCUAGAGACAGGCGCAAACGGAAAGCCAAGAAAGCUUUGGAGGCGGAGAAGGAAGCUGGAGGUAUACAUGCUGCGACGGCUGCUUUAAGAAGUCCCUGAGGUGAAUGUCAUCGGGACUUUCCUACUCUUUCUGUAAAUGAUACAUUCUAUGCUCGUUUCGGACCCAGUUUAUCGUGACACGCUGACUUCCUCCGGGAAGUAAUGAUGAUGGAAUAGUCCCCCAGAAUCGAGGUACAUAGCGCUUGUCUGAAGUCCAUGUAGAUGUCGGUCGCCGUUUUGUGCAGGAGCCGUUCACCUGUGUGGCGGCUGCACCUUCCUAAAGCUCGGGUAAACUUUCUGCGAGAGCAGAUCAGACAAUGGAGCGCUUAGUUUUGAGACUCAUCUGAAUGUUAUCAAGAUUUUCGUCUACAUUUUCGUCUGGUAGUUGAAACUUACUCUAAUCCUAAUGGAAUAUACAAUGACCG